AUGCUCGCCGUAUGUCUUUGGCGACAUCAUCCAGAUUACAUGAUUGGAGUUCUAUACCCACUGCGGGCUGUUUGGAAGUCAAUCUGGAAUUGUAAGACAUUACCCAAGCUUCAACAGUUUUUGUGGCGUGCUUGUGUCUCUGGGCUUGCGACUGGUGAUGCUUUAACACGGCGUAAUGUCCAUGCUGAUCCACUUUGUGUUCGGUGUGGGGAACGUGAAACAGCUUCACACAUUAUCUUGGUUUGCACAUAUGCAAGGGCGGUAUGGUUUGGGAGCCCACUAGGCUCUAUCUCUUUAUUGCCAGAUGAUCAGCGAUUUUCAGAUUGGAUUGCAUCCUGGAAACUAUUCUCCAGGCUGGGGAAGAAGGAGUCCAGUCAGUCCAGACCAUUAAUCACUUUAUGUAGCUUCAUCUGUUGGCACAUUUGGUUGUCAAGGAACGAUUUGGUUUUUGGACAUAAAGUAUGGCAGCCUACAGAAGUAAUUGCAGCAGCGGUUAAGGCCUUCCGUGAGUAUGAUGCUAAUACAUCCAAUGUUGAUUCUUGUUCUCCAACUUUGGUUGAUAGGCCUCUUCAAUGGGUUGCACCUACAGUGGAUUAUGUGAAGUGCAAUUGUGAUGCUAGUUAUGCAGUGGAUUCAGCCAAGUCAGGCAUUGGGUUUUUUUGUAGGGAUCACAAUGGUCAGCCUAUGCUUGCUGCUUCUAACCCAUCUCCCUUUUCAGAUAUUUUAGUGGGUGAGGCUAUUGCAGUUCGUUUUGCGAUGAUGGAGAUGAUCAAGGUUGGGUUUGUGUGGGUUAUGAUCGAAUCUGACAAUGCAAGUCUGAUUUCAUAUAUCAAGGGUGGUGGUGGGACUUCGCCUCUGCACAUUCGUGCGGUUGUGGAUGAUAUUGUUAACGUAUCUUCCUCUUUUGUAUCUUCUUGUUUCUUUUCUAUUCGAAGGGAGAUUAACAGUGUGGCUGACUCCCUGGCUCGGAGGGCUUUGGCGUUAACAUGCACAACUGAAUGGCCCAUUUCCACUCCAUGGUUGCGUGAGUUGUGUUUCUCAUUGCCGCCAUGA